AUGACUUGCAUUUCCCUUCAGAAUUCAACCACCUGUUCCGCCUUUAACGUCUCUUCUAUAUCGACAACCGAUACUACCGUGGUCGGAUACUACCCGUUCCUCAAAAACGUCAGCAAUGUGGAUGAAUUCGACAAGCAAUUGACUGCUUACGCCAAUGAUGCCUAUGUCCAGCAGCAAUAUACCUCUCGCAUAGGCUGUACUGCAGUCAACCUAACAGACACCAGUGACUACUAUGCUCGCUACACGAUUAGUGUCAUUUGCAAUGGUAUCGUGCAAAAUUCAAAGACUCCUUGCGGCCUGACCAAUUCCCAGUCCCCGCCUCUCUGUGCAACUACAUGCGCUUCGUACGCAACAAGUGAAGAAGAAGUUGCAAUCAAUAAUAAAUUAUGUGCUACGACACUCUCGACUUACAUGGAUCAAAUUCGUGCUGACUUCAUUGACUGCUCAAUGCCCGCUGACUCUCUUACUGGUUCAUGUAUUACGGGCGAGAUGAACGAACCCGAUAACUGCGGCUACAGCUCGAAUCUGCCGGGCUUGUGUACCUAUUGUGCAUCAAGCUCACCAAACGCGACCGACUCUUGUUGUAUCAACUCCAACGCAUCCACCCGAUGCUCCAAUGUCGACAUUCCCUCUACUUCUUCGAUUCCGCCUCUAUUCACCGUUACCGCGACAGCUACUACAACACCUACUUCGGCAGGUAACUCAAGUAGCUCUCAUCUUUCAGGUGGCGCAAUUGCAGGUGUCGUAGUGGGUUCUGUUGCAGGUGUUGCCAUUCUUGCAGGCCUCAUAUUUUUUCUAUUGUUCUGUCUGCGCAAGCGCCGCAACUCGGUAAACAACGAUGUCUUCAACCAACCCACACCCAAGAGAAGCAACCAGCCGAUGCAAAUGGCUCCUGUGGUUGGCGCACAACGCAGCACGGAGCCUGUACCAGGCGGCCGUGUAGCAAGAAUGUCAGCACUACAAGCCGAGGUAGAUGACUCCGAUCGCAGUGCUAGCAGAGGUAUGUUUGCGGCAGCAGGAAAGUACAGCGAUACAUCCGACUCGGAAGGAUUGGUUUCCAGCCCUGAAUCCCGUUCUCGACGAAGAGCCCCUGUUGCCGGCAGACGCCAGGGUUCACUCUCCAGUACCUCUGUGUUGGGCAUGGAUACCGACAGCUCACCUCUAUCGGGCACAGCAGGUCAAUUUUCGUCUCCUGAAGGUGUUGCGAGUGGACAGUCAGAGCAGUUGCCUUAUUUCCGCGAUUACUAUUCGCAAGAUGACAUCCAUCCUAACGACAAGGUUUCUGUGCUAUGGGCGUACCAACCACGUGCAGCGGAUGAGUUUGAUUUGGAUCGGGGGGAUAUGAUAAAGAUUGUUGGUAUUUGGGAUGAUGGUUGGGCAACCGGUGUACGCAUCAAUGAACGAGCAGAGGACUUUGAAGAUGAGCACAACGUUCAACGUGACAGUGGAGUAUCGAAUGGUUCUCAGGCAAGACGCAACUCAUCGCCUCAGCCGCGAGGUGAGAUCAAAGCAUUCCCUCUUGUCUGUGUGUGUCUGCCGCAGCAUUGGAGGAAAAUUAUCGAUGGCGAUGCAGUCCAGGCGGGAACUCCUUGA